CUAGUAAGAUAAGGAAACAAAAAAAAAUACUCCAAGCUCUAUUUAGUGAGCAAGAUAUGGACACUUUGGUUCUUAGGCUCUUUGCGACGUCCUUACUGGUUCUGACCGCUUGUCUGGUGGCUUUUGAUUCACAAACUAAGCUUCUCUUCUACUCCAUAGUCAGAAAGGCCUCCUUCAGGGACCUCAAUGCUUUGUCUAUUCUGGUGUGGGUCGACUCGGCUGCUGCUGCCUAUAAUGUGCUCCAAAUAUUAAGAAGUCGUCUCUUUCCCCAAAUGGACAAAAAUCUGGCUUGGUUUGGUUAUUUUUUGGACCAGGCAGUGGCAUACCUUGUAUUUGCAGCAAACUCAGCAGCUCUUCAGGGCUGUGUUUUUGCAGUAAGCGGCCAGAGUAAUUUUGGGUGGAUGAAGGUAUGCGACAGAUACACGAGGUUCUGCAUCCAAAUUGGUGGAGCUUUAAUGUGUGGUUAUGCUGCAUGCCUUGUAAUGGCUGUCAUUUCAUCGCUCUCUGCAUACGGUCUUUUUAGAUUGUAUUCUCCAAAACACUUCCUACAAUUGAAGCACCAGUAAGUCAUAUGCUUUGGUAUCUGUUUGCUUAUGCUGAUUAAAGACAAUAAUCUAAGCUACAUUAUAAUGUUAUGGGGUCAAUUAACAAGCCGCCGAUUAAUUUGGCAUUGUGUGUGUUGAUGGCUCUUUUUCUGUUUUC